AGCGAAACAAGUACAGGAAAAGUAAGCCAGCCUGUCGCACUAGCCUCAGGCGCACAUCAGCAAAACUACAGCUGCCGCUCUUGACAGAAUCAUGGAGCAGGGCUUACCACUUUCCCCUCUACCGGCGACCGACACCGUCGAGGACCUUAGCGGCGCGGCGCCGCAAACGUCGGUGCCCCUCCGUCUACCUGCUCCGCCUUUGCCAGACAUCAAGACCGCGGAGCACGAACUACACCAGGGCCAAGAACACAACAACAUGAACAACUCCACACACUACAUACAGCUGCAGGACUGUUGUUCGGACGAAAUCGAUAACAAGGCCAACUACUUUCCGCCCUCCCGCAACCCCGAGCGGGCCCGCAGCGAGACCAGCGCGACGACGCCAACUCCCGGCGGGGCGAGCAUUGCGGACUUUGUCGCCCAAAGGGAAAAGCAGGAUCAUGGAGAAGACAAAUAUAGUACAACUGGAACAAACGUAGUAAAAAUCGAGCCCAUUGACGUGGACUUUUUUGAAAACGACGUCUCGCCGAAGAAGAACUACAACAUGACCGUCCUCGGCAAAAAGAACCCCUCCUGGGACGAAAACGGUUUUCGGUGGGUCUCGGUCGUUUCUAUGGAUUGUAAAGAUGUCUGGGUCUGGAAGAAUGCAGAAGUUUGUCAUGCAGAUUUUCCAAGACCCAUGAGGUCUGUGAUGCAUGCCCUAGCAUCAGAGACUCUGCGAGGGCUUUCUGAUGCUCAUACCGCAUGAGAAAUGCCCUCCCCGCGUAGCACAAAUUGCACCUCUUAUGCUGUUCAUGCAAUACAGAUUUUAUGUAGAGUCCAAAGGUAGCAUCACAAGUUCCAACUUUCCAGACCCAGACACUUUUGCAUUUCAUAGUUUCCGUGGAUGAGCAAUCGGGUAGCAGCAAUACACCAGUGGCUGGCGCCAAUGCUACGACUGAGGAGAUGAAGCUCGAGGAGGGUGAUGUGCAGCAAACAGCAGAAAGUGACAGCGGCGUAGGAUCCAAAGAGGUUUUAAUGACGAGCGGUCAAAGAAGCGAAGAACCUGGUGCACAAGAACAUCAUCUCCUCGAAACGACAAAUCGCGGCUACGGUCAGGAGGUGCACCAGCUCGACGUGCAAUUUUCCCGACCAGAUGAUCAUGAUGGCUCCCGCAAAAUCAAAAACACGGAGAGGUCGAGCAGCAGCCCGGACUACGAGAAGGACUACACUUCUUGCGAAGACACGAAGAGUUGUGUGCUUCCUACUGCGGAGAUGUUUAACAAACCUGCGAGCAGCAGCCCUUCCUCGGCAAAGACGAUUGCAGCGACUUCUGGUACUGGAAGUGGUAGUACCUUUUUGACUGCAGAGGACGCCGCGUGGUCUGCGCUGACGGCUCCCGCCGCUCCGGGACUUGGGGCAACAGCAGUACCAGUUGUGCCGGGGGAAAAUGAAAGCAAACCAGUCGAGGAACUACAGGUAAUAAACAAGCCAAAAAACACACCUACGAGAACAACGUCGAACAAACCACCAGCAUCUACUACUAGUACGGCCAACGUGAACACGAUCUCUCUGCGCGAAACCGCCCUGCUCUUCGGUCGCCUGCUGUUCCAGAGCAAGGCGAACACAAAAACUUCUACGGCUUCAGCGGAUAACUGCGGCAAGGGGGGUUCCUCGUCCGCGGAGGGACAGAAAGAAGUUGCGUCUAACCUUUGUGGUGAUCAACGAUCAGUAGGAGAAAGUAGUAUUAGCAUCCGUGGUCCAGCAGGAGGGUCUGCUCUUGUACAGGAAAAAACGGAAGAAAAGAAUGAGCAUCAAGCCGUGGGUGUGGACAGACACGAGUGCAAAACUGGAGGUAGUGCAGUAGGUAACAACGCGCCGUCGCAAAGCGCCUCUCGUGCAAAAUCUCCAGACGACAGGGCGCUCUCGCGUUCGUCUUCUAGAGCCUCCGAUCGCACCAGCCGUAGCCGCAGCUCCAUACUCUCCACCUCUCGCAGUCGUACAACAAGCAGAAGCUCCUCGUCGCGAGGAUCUCAAAAGCAAAACGAAGCGAUGGUGACCCAGACUUCUCCACGUACUAACAGUCGCCGCUCCAUUCCAGGUUUAGCGACACAACAAGCCGCGUCGACGCCGGCCACCACUGGUAAUAAUUGUAAUUCCGAGCAGGGACAACUUCUACAGAUGCACGUCGAGGACCAAGAGCUGCAGAGCCGCAACUUGAGCGGCGUUUCCCUCGACGAAAACAACGCGUUUUCCUCCCUGCGAACCACGGAAAAUGAGGAGAAGAAGAACAACCAGACAAAAGACCGGCAGAAGGAGCUGCACAGAGGUCUCCACUACACAACCUCGCGCACCAGACGUCGUACCUGCAGCCGGGAGCGGAGCUGGACACGGUCGCUUUCUACGAGUCGGAGCUGUAGUUCUUCUUACGACAACUAUCACGGUAGUAGCAGUAGUAGUAGCAGAGAACAUCAAAACUACCGGCGCAGGAGCAGGAGUAGAGAUCGCUAUCGCUUCUCCACGAACCGCCGGGGGCACCAGCACCGCUCGCGAAGUCAAAAUGCAACUUCCGCCCGUAGAGGAGGACGAGAAGAGAGUGGGAAUGGGAAACACAAACACCCACGCAGCAGGCAAACCAAGACGAAGACAAACAACUACCAGAGCAGGCACUUCACGAAGGGAAAAGAUGCGGCGCCAAAGCUGCAGAAAACAAACGACGGCGCAAACAAGAAACAAACCAUCAAAAACGGUAAGAACUCCCGCGGGAACAACAGGAACAACCGAAGGAAAAAGGGGAAGAAGAAUAACAAUCGGAACAAUAUUAUGUUGAAAAACACGACGGACGACACUUCCGCACCAGAUCAGCAAAAUCUACUUCGGCCGCACAUCAAUAAAAUGAACACAAAUACAACUAGCAAGCAAACUCUGAAAUCCCCGGCGCAAAUUCUGUUGCGGCUCUUGACCACCGCCACGAACAUCGAGCCUGCAGUGAAAGCAACGCGGAGUAGUUUCAGUUCGAAUAAGACCGCAGAAGAGUGGUUGCGCAAAAACGUUCCGAAGCAAUUUUGCGAACAGUUGUGCACCCGAGUGGAGGCGAAAGCGGCGCUGCGUAAUGAAAACGAGGGUGAGCAAGGAACAAGUCGCUCCUCAGGUACGAACUCCAGUCGCGUUGAUGUCUUUGAGCGGUUGCUGGCGCAGGUGGGGAAAAACGCGGAUUUUUUUGACGAGGUGUUCCGCUCGGUAAACUGGGUGCUGGUUUCGAAAAAGAAGGAGGAGGAGGGAAAGUGAGGGAGGUCGGCAACAGUACAUUUUUUUUGCGUGAUCUUGACAAAGUGUUUUUUGCCAAUGCAUCGACCCCGUUUCUUGCAACGGGUUUUGAUUUGAAGGUGGAUCCUACCCAUACGGCACGAAUGUUUAGUACACCAGUAUUCCAUGUAAAUUUAUUAGCAGCAUUGUUGCGGCCAACAUCAACAUGACAUACGGUCUGCCUUUGGGCUUCUCCAUAGCUGCAUCCUUCAUGUGUCUUUUUAAAACUGAUUGGUUUCAUCUGUUUCGCUUUUCCAUAGAUUUCCACAACAUAGAACGCACCUGUUUUCGUACGACUGCCAUGCGGUCAAUUUGUCUCAUUUCACAAAUGUCAGAAAUUAUUUGUCCUGAAUUUUUUGGAAGAAAAAAACCUUACGAGAU